AUGAAAAAGUACGGAGCUUUGGAGGAAAAGGAACUAGCUACCGAAAAUAUGCUCUGCUAUCUUCCUCGUUCCUACACCCUCUGGAAUAGAACAAGUGACAUUCGUGAGCCCCGUUAUCUGGUGCUUGAUCCCGUCAAGGGAUUAAGUGCUCAUCUAACGGGAACGCUCGAUAUAAAGAAUAUAAUUGGAUCAUUUGUCAGGGAGUUUAACAGGUAG